AUCUCGCUGGCCGCUCUGCUCGAUGUUUGGGUCGUUGUGAUGGCGGCGGCGGCGUUAUCGACGGCCGAUUCGGGCUUCCCGUCGCACUAGAUGGUGGGCGCUGCGUUGAUGGCUGAGCCAUGCCGAUCGGCGACGGCUUGACGGUGCAUCAGAUCCUGAGUUUGGGCCUAGUCCCCCGGGUCGGCAACACGACCUGCCCUGGAAACAUCACCGCGUCGAUAUGCCAUUUCUCCGAGAUGUGGUAUGCAGUGUUCCUUUGGGCUUUACUGUCCACAGUUUUUAUCUAUGUUCCUGCUGGAUUACUGGCAUUUGUGAUGCUGAGGCACCACAAAUAUGGACGAUUCAUGUCACUAGGUAUCCUGGCUGGAAUCUUGGGUCCGAUCACUGCAACAGUGUUGACCAGUGCAGCUAUUGCUGGUGUCUACAGAGCUGCAACAAAGCAAAUGGUGCCUCUUGAAGCUCUGGUUCUGGGAGUCGGACAGGUGUUUUUCAUUGUUGCGAUAGCAUUUCUGCGGAUUUUGGCAACUUUAUAGCAGAAGGUGUUCUGCUUAUCCAAAAGGAACUGGGCACUCGAGCCUUAGUGUCCCAGGUUUGUCCAACUUGUGGCUGCAUGUAGGGUUGCACCGAUAUUCCUGUGGAAUCCAAACCAAGGUUCAUGCCAAUCAUUUGCUGCUCAAAUAAGAGGAUUUGGCAACAGCGUAAAUGUUGUGGAUUUCCAUGGAUUGCCAAGCUCGAACAAAGGACGCAUGCACUAAUUUUUUUAUUGAAUAUCUUGAGUGCUGAGAUUUGUUCUUUGAUGUAAAAAAACUCAAAGCCAAAAGAGGUAAUAGUCCACUUGCAUAUCUUUUAAUGUCAUUUUUUGCACAUGUUUCAACUGUACAAUUCUUUCUAAUGUGAAGGCUAUUAUAAAGAAUGCAUAUUUAUUGUAGGAAUAGGACAUUGGACUACAAAAUUUUGUUUGAAAUAUGGAAAUUGUAUUUUGAUUCAACCUGCCAUAUUUCAAUAUUUUAGCAAUUGGGGUAAUUAUGUAAAGGCAGAUUAAACUCUUCCAUCUGAAGGUUACCAAAGGUUUGGCAACUUAAGUAUAUACCCAAAAGAACUGAAGUAUUGCAGCUUCAUAGCUUAAACAAAGUGAACAAGUUCGACUAUACCUAACAAAAUAUGGACUCUAUUUUAUGAGAGUUCUUUGUUUUAUAAUUUGCUAUUUACAGGCAAUUUCAAAACUUAAAAAUAAUUAAAUGGUUGCGUUUGACAGUGAUUAUGAGAAAACCAUCAUUCCAACACUAACAGAAUUUGUGAUUAUAUCCAGCCCUUGUUCUGCAAUCAACAUUGACAAAUGCAUCUUAUUCCUCAUUCCCAUUUCUGAUUGAAGGGGGGGAAAAAAUCUAGCGUUCUAUUGCAUUAUUUAUUCACAUAUAUAUUGUUGGGAAAACGGAAGGUGUUGGGUUUAUUUUUAGUAGCAGUUAACAGCCAAAACUCCAACCCAGAGCAGCCUUAAGUUUCUGUAGUAGUACACUUGGCUUCUUCAAAAGUAUCAAAUUAGGAAGUGUGGUUAUCCCUAUGUAAAUUUGCUGCUGCAAGUAUUUUUGCUGAGCCAAUGAACAAGAAUGUCAUCCACACGCCAUGCUCAUUACCCUGGCACACAUUUGAUUACACAAGUCAAAAAUAGGGCAUGACUCUGGAAGUUAGGUGCAAUAUUAAUGAAGACUGUGUGUGGACUGCUUUUCAUUUUCAGUUGAAACUUGGAUAGAAGUUUUUUUUAAUGGCUAUCAUUUGCUAUCAGCUUGUGUUUAAAUGCAGCACUUACCGUGCACAUAUACAUUUCAGAUGUGCUAAGUGUUUUAAAUCGUUCUAUUUUAAAAACGAAUCAACCACUUUGAAUAAUUGUACACUUUGAGAAAAUCUCAUUUUUGUGUUUACAUCGUCACUGUGCUGAAGUGGAAUCACUCAGUUUUGCUUGUUUAGGACUGUUUACAAACAUUUGUCAUUAGAUCUAAGUUUAAAAUAAUUGAGAAAACCAGUCCUGUAACCUGUAUAACACUUGCACAGAGGUCCCCAUUUUGGCAAAACGUACCAUGCAUUUAGUGUCAUUGUCUACAUGAUGUGCUGUUAGCUUGACUCUGGACAUCUGAAUAAGCAUCUCCAAGUUGUAAAACUCUAAUAGUUUCAACCAUUGUUUCUAUUUAUUCCAUAUUUGGUGAUGUAUUUACCAGGGAAUAAUAUUUAACUGUUGUAAAUAGAAUAACAGUAGUGAAUGGGCCACAUUAACUUACAAUGACUGUGCAGCUUGCAAUGAGGCCCGUGACUCUGGGCUUAGUUAGGAAGUGAUAGGUUAUUUACUGGCACUUUAAUUAUACCCUUCUUGAUGUCAACAUCCAAGGAAGGUAACACUCCAUAAAUGAAAAGGAGACUCUCUCAUUUAGCUAAUGCAUGUACUGAUUCUGGAUUUCAGUGUAAAAUGGCGAUAGGAGGUGCUUCCUUUCACCUUAUUUGGGAUACAGAAAGAGAAUUGUGGAGGUGGAGAGCCCAAAUUCUCUCGUGUAGAUUCGACCAGCAUUUUUGUUUUUACUUUUUCCACUGCCACUAUUUAUCCUACACACAACCCUUUUCUUACUCUUUCUCACCGUCAUUUGUUUCUUCCAUUAUCCCUUUCCCAUUUUACGUCCUGACUUCCAUCUCAUUCCCUUCUGUUUUCCGUUGCUUUCUUUCAGACAUAAUUAUGUGCUGACCCAGUUUAUGAAAAUUUUCACUUGUAGUGGGGGACUGCUUCCUUUUUAGUAAAAUGCAUCUUUGGUAUAAAAACCUAUCCAGUGAGUGGACUGCUGAUUUGUGAUUUCCAUGGAAAAAUAGGUGAAAUUCCAGAUUAAUAUUAGCAAAACAUUUAUAUAACAAAAACUGACUAUACUGGUUGACUGCUGUAAAGCAUUAGCCCUCCUGCUGAUACAGUGGAAUACUUUAUCAGAGGUUUCCUUUUCUGUUAUUCUUCCACUUCCUCAUUUCUGUAUAUUCUCAACCAGAGGAGUAUUUCCACAUUCAUUUUGUGUUUCAUUAUCUCAAAUUUACUUGCAAUGUAAUGCAUUAUGAAGUGGUGUAACAACUAGAAUAUCAGUUAGCAUAGAGAAGUCUGCAAUGCUGUACCUACAGUCAUUUAUCUAGUGUCUGUAAUGUAGCCUGUGUUUGCACCUUAAUUUUGGUGUUGGUCUUAAGUUUAAACCGCAUUAACAAACAUUUAGUAAUUAAUCAUUGUCAUGUGCACUCAUUGUAAGUCCUGUUCACUUGAGUUAAUUGUACCUUUUAUAUAACAUGCAAAUAUAUGUAGUGGAAGCCUCUAACCAGUAACUUCUGGUAAAAUCAAAUAAGGUUGACUAAAUUUGAAUUCUCCUUUUUAAGCAUAUUAACAAUGUGAAUUUAAGCAUUUUAUUAUGGUUUUUACUGCUGUGUAAUGAUCAAAUGUUUGUUUUGAAAUUUAUAUUGUCCACAUGGGAAAAUCAAUUUUUAUUUUUCUACUUACAUGGCUAAUUUUGGUGACAU